AUCAACAGAACUUUUAUCAUAUCAACUUUUAUCUUUGAUUAAUACUGAAUAGUUAUUUACAAUAGACAAUUACAACAUGAAUAAAUUUUCUACAUGGAAUAUUCUGUCUAUAACAACUUUAGUUAUUUAUUGUCUUUUAAUUUCUUUAACAAAUUCUUGGAAAAUUGGCACAACUAGAAUUCCAAAUGAUAAUAAUGACGAGAUGAGAAUGGAAUUAGAAAACACUCCUAUAAUGUAUGAAGAAAUAGAACCUAUAUUGAAACAAAGAAGAAAAUGGAUAUCUCAGACAUCUCAUGGUGAUUUACCAUGGAUACAUGGAUUGAAUCGAGCUGGUGUAAACCAAAAACCAUUUAAUACACUUGGAAGAGAACGUCGGUUCUUUUGUAAUCCAAUGGGAUGCGUCUAACUUAUACUGAUGAACAACGAUUUUUUUUAAAGAAAAUAUAUAAUCAUAUAAUUGUGUAAUCAUAUAAUCAUGUCUGUAUACUUGAACAAAACAUAAAUAAAUGUCUUUCUUGUCAAUAAUUAAUAAAAAUGAUAAAUAAAAUUAUUUAUACAGAAAUCAAAA